AUGGUAUCAUUAUCAUUUUUUUUUCAGUUGUUCGACGAAUAUCGGUGGAAAUAUAGUGUUUUGUGUGUGAAAAUAGUUUAUUUAGAUUCCGUAUGUAGUAAAAAUUCUGUAAUCAUAAGAAAAAGCUAUAAAUUAAAAAGUCCUCUAAAUUUCUGCAUUUAUUUGGUUAAUCUCGCCCGCUUAGGGUAUUACAAGCUGGCGGCUGCAGUGCAAACUGACACAGAACAGUUGCAGCGCCCGCGCAACGGGCUGCACCAUACGCACCCUAAGGAGACAAAGAUUAAAACAGCACCAAUGGACACCGAGAGUCUCGUGCUAUGGAGGAGACCAUUCACAACGCUCGAAUACUUCUUCCGAGAGCUUCUUAUAUUGUGCUCAACGGGAUUGCGAAGAAUGCUAGCGUACAAGGCAUUAGCUGUAUCGAUAAUUGUUCUAGUCAGCGGCGUUUCCGCUUCAUAUUAUAUUAACGGACCUCACCAACGCUUCGUGCAGGAGGUAGUCUUGACACUGGCGUGGUGGGGAUGGUGGGUGAUUUUGGGCGUGUGCAGCUCGGUGGGCCUCGGGACGGGGCUACAUACGUUUCUCCUGUACCUCGGCCCGCAUAUAGCACGCGUUACACUAGCGGCCUAUGAGUGCGGCGGACUGAACUUUCCUUCACCGCCAUAUCCUAACGACAUUAUAUGUCCUGCCGAAAUCGACCCGCAGAAUACGGUGUCGAUAUGGAAUAUCAUGGCCAAAGUCCGCAUCGAGUCAAUGAUGUGGGGAAUGGGUACAGCGUUGGGAGAACUCCCCCCAUAUUUCAUGGCUCGAGCCGCGCGUCUCUCGGGCGGUGGGGUCGCAGAACUCACAGCUAACGACGAUUCAAAGACUGGCAGGGCAAAGGUAAUGAUCCAAAACUUGGUGCAAAGAGUCGGUUUUGCUGGAAUCCUUGCGUGUGCGUCGAUUCCAAAUCCUCUUUUCGACUUAGCCGGUCUCACUUGCGGCCACUUCCUCGUGCCUUUUUGGACAUUCUUCGGCGCGACGUUACUCGGAAAAGCUGUUAUCAAGAUGCAUAUACAGAAGAUGUUUGUUAUAAUCGCUUUUAAUGAAACACUUGUUGGACAAGUCCUUCAAUGGGUUGAAAGAGUCCCAUACAUCGGACCGAAACUAGAGGCGCCUCUACUGGAAUUUCUGCGCAACCAGAAAGCGAAACUGCACAAAAACGCGCCCCCAACAGACAAUCAGGGCUCCGUUCUGUCGAGUCUCUUAGAGAAGUUUGUGCUGGCAAUGGUCCUGUACUUUGUGGUGUCGAUAGUGAAUGCGCUCGCGCAGAACUACAGCAAACGCUCGGGCAAGAAAAAGGGGAAGAAGAAGGAUUAG